CGAUACCGGGGACUAACUGGUAAAAGGAUCAACUUCAUUCACAGCAGCAGCAAAGUCUUAACAUACCACAUCAAAUCAAAUUGGUUUAUUCUAACUCGUAAAAAUGAUAUUGGAUAUUGUAUUUGUUAUUGUGGGUUUUAAGUGGUACGCUACGUAGUCAGAUUAAUCAGUUCAAUUAUGACUGAUACAAACUCCGCCAAUUCAACAGAAAAUGAUAAACCGCUAAGCAUGGAUAAAAAAGGCAUACCAAAAGCUGAAUUCAUUGAAGAUGUAGACGCCUAUAUGAAAGCGAAUAAUUUUACAACAUUUAUGGAAGUUGGAAGAUAUUUUGAAGAAUUAUAUCAAAAGUAUAAAAUUAUUGAACAAGCCCUAGUACAACGUAGAAUCAGACUGAUGCAACAACUACCAGAUAUUCAAAAAACACUGGCCGUGGUUCGUCAAUUACAAAAACAACAUACUAAUUUAGACGUGACAUUUGAAGUAUCCAACCAGUUGUUUGCACGUGCUCACAUUCCAAAAGCUGAUAAAGUUGGCCUAUGGCUAGGCGCUAAUGUUAUGCUAGAAUAUGAUCUUGAUGAGGCAGAUAAAAUACUCGUGGAAAAUGAACAAUCUGCUCAACAGUCUUUAGAAGAUGUUGAUCAAACACUCGAGUUUCUUAAAAAUCAAACAACUACAGUUGAAGUCAAUCUGGCACGUUUGCAUAAUUUAUCUGUGAAACGUGGUCGUCAGAAUCAAUCAGCCGAUGGUGUAAAAGCCUAA